CUGAAGCCGCAAACUUUUUUGGAACAAAUCACUCAAGUCAUCUGAUAUUUUUAAACUACAUUUCCCAGUAUUCUGCAGAGCGUCACGGACUGUUGCUUCCGAUACUAAAGAUUGCACUUUGGACAAAUAUAACAAGGUUUUACGUUUUUCUGAAGCAAAUCCUUAAUUAUCAACUCUUAUUUACUCUUGGCAUGGCGGAAGACGGAGAGUUCAUUCCUUUUAAAUUGGGUAAACCCCGGUUCGAUCAGUCUACCUUUUAUGGAAGAUUAAGACAUUAUCUGGAUAUUGUUGACCCACGAACGCUGUUUGUGACUAAGGGACAACUUAAAGAGGCUGUAGAGCUAUUGGACAAUUAUAAGCAUGGGAACUUGCCUUCUGGUGUGACCAAUAAACAGCUCUGGGAAGCUCAGAAAAUAAAACAGGCUAUCAUACAUCCAGACACAAAUGAGAAGAUUUUUAUGCCUUUCAGAAUGUCAGGUUAUAUUCCUUUUGGGACUCCUAUAGUUGUUGGACUUCUUCUUCCUAAUCAAACACUGAUAUCAACUGUUUUUUGGCAGUGGUUAAAUCAAAGUCAUAAUGCAUGCGUCAAUUAUGCAAACCGAAAUGCAACAAAGCCAACACCUACAUCCAAAUUUAUUCUUGGUUACCUUGGAGCUGUCGGUAGUGCUGUUUCAAUAGCGGUUGGCCUUAAUGUUAUGAUCCAAAAGGCAAACAAGUUCAGUCCAGCUACUCGACACUUAGUGCAGCGAUUUGUCCCAUUUCCUGCUGUUGCUAGUGCCAAUGUUUGCAACGUGGUUCUCAUGAGACACAUUGAGCUGGAUAAAGGCAUUGAUGUCCUAGACGCAGAUGGAAAGGUGGUUGGCUCUUCCAGAAUUGCUGCUCAACAUGCACUUCUAGAGACAGCCUUAACCAGGAUUGCUUUGCCCAUGCCUAUUUUGGUUCUACCUCCAUUUGUGAUGUCCUUUUUGGAAAAGACCUCUUUGCUGCGCUCUCAUCCAAGACUACUACUUCCUGUACACAGCCUUGUUUGUCUUGCUGCCUUUGGACUUGCUCUUCCUCUUGCCAUCAGCUUAUUCCCACAGAUGUCUGAGAUAGAAGCAUCUAAACUGGAGCCUGAAAUUGCAGCAGCAACAACUAGCAAGAUCCUUACAUAUAACAAAGGCUUAUAACUGCAAGUGAAAUUCUCCUUUAUGGUCACACUGGUGAUAGCUGGUUCACUGAAUGGAUGGCCACAGUUUAAGUACUGGAAAUAAUGAGUAACUUAUGGGACAUUAAAGUAAAACACAAGUGA